GUCAUAUAUAUAUUUGUUUGCUUCUUUUGUUCACAACCAUGUCUACAGCUCCAUCAGUUGCUGUACCAGUCACAGAAAUUCCACAGCCCACAGAGGCUGACAGCACAACUACCAAAGACAAAGCUAAAGUGUUGGCUGACAAGGCUAAGAAAAAGAAGAGAGAAAAAGCAAAAAAGAAGGCAAAACGCGCAUCUCGAAAAAAUGUGUUAAAGACAAAGGUUAUUGUAAGAAGAUUGCCACCCAAUCUUCCCGAAGAGAUUUUUAUGAACACCGUUAAACCCUGGACAUCAGAAGAGAAUGUGGAUUACAAGUACUAUGUUCUUGGAAAGCUUAGUAAAAGCAAGGCAAAGGAGCACGUGUUUUCGAGAGCUUAUUUUCAUUUCAAGACAAUGGAGGCAGUCAUUGCAUUCCACCAAGGGUUUGAUGGACACAUAUUUGUAGAUAGUCGUGGAAAUGAAAGCCGAGCUGUUGUUGAGUUUGCUCCUUAUCAAAAGAUUCCAAAGGAACAAAAGACAACAGACGCGCGUGCAGGAACUAUUGACUCGGAUCCUGAUUAUUACAAGUUCUUGCUGAUGCUAAAGGCAGAAGAGAAUAAGUCACCAGAGGUUAAAAAGGGAAGUGAUGGCUUAUCGCAAAUCGAAAGAUUGGAAAAUAGACUUGCACUUGUGUCGGCCCAAACAAUUGCUGCCGAGCAGGCCAACAAGCCAAAGACAACACCCCUUCUUGAGCAUCUCCGAGCACAAAAGGCU